AAGGCACGCAAAUGGUUCCAAAUUUAACUGUCAACUUUGUAUAAAUGUAGAAAAGAUCACAUUAUUAAGCUUUCAACUUCGCUGUAAGGAGCUGGAAGAAUAAAACAACAUGUUUGCAAAACCACAGUCGAAAAAGGCAUCCACAGUCACAAAGCACAAGGGUUUGGCAAAGCCUAAAGCUGUAAGUGUCAAGUCAGGUGUAAAAGGACCACAACAAAGUAAAAGGCCACAGCAAGAUGCAGCAAGGUGUGCCAAAUCUGGUAAGCCUCCGCCACGACCUGAGCCAAGCUAUUCUCUGUACUCAACAGACUCAGAAGAUCAGGUGACAGUUGCCUUCAAUGAAAUGGAGACAUGUGAGAAAAUCCUCACACAUCUGAAAAAUAAGCAAAAAGGAGGCACAAAGACAAAACCAAAGACUAAAAAGAAAAUGAAGGAGCUUGAGAGUAAUCCAAAGGCGUUGAAUGAAAACCCUCCACUGACAGCUAUUGUACCAGGUAUCUCUUCUCUCUAUGGAACACCUUUCCCAUAUGGGGCCGCACAUUUUCUGCGACAACUACAACCGCAUGAUUACGCAAGCAGCCCGAUUUUUAAUUCCCGCCUUGCAUCAUCCACCCCAGAUCCAGACAGGCUUCCCAGUGACCUGGAGGACUGCAAGCUUCCAAAUGCUUCAGAGUCAAAUAUUCCACAAGAUGUGCCAGAGCGUGACAUUUCCACUGUGUCUUCUGUUCCUCCGAAUUUUAACCAUCUUCAAAAUAUGGCUGACAUGGUUGAGAUUUAUAAACAGUUGGAGAUUAAAAAAGCUCAACAGAUUCAAGCUGCAGUGGCAAAGGAAACAAUAGAAAAACUAAAUGCCAUGGAUAUUGAGGCAGCUGCUGAAGCAGGGAUUUCUGUUGUUAAAGGUCACAGUAUGGAAGGUCAGAGGUCAAGUCAAGGUCAGAUAAAUCAAGGUCAAAGUCAACCCAAAGGUCAAUUUGGGGGUCACAAUAUGUCUCAAGGUCAAAACUCAGAGAAAGUUCAAGCAUUUCAACAAGAUAGAGUUGAAGUUCAUUCAAAGGUCAAUGGGGCAGGUCAAGGUCGAGAUAAUGGAUGUGCAGAGAUUCCAGGGAGGGAAUCAGAUGGAUUUGUUGGCACUGAGAGUUUAGGGUUCACUCUCCACCCAGGUGAUUCAUUAUUCCGUCCAGUUGCUCCAGGGGGUAGUGACCACAAUCUUGAUUCUGACAUGAGAGGGGGAAGCAGCCUGGCUGCGUUUCAACCAUAUAUUUCUGGAGACUCUGGUGAAUUCUUACCUCCACAGCACUGGGUUCUGAAUUAUAGAUCACCUGUGAAGAAUAAGGGACCCACGCAGAUGACUGAAGGUGGUCCAAAUAUGCAAGUUGCAGAUGAUCAUCAAAAUGUUGGGGCUGAAGUUCCAACUUCUGGGAGGACUGAAAAAUCUGAUGCAAGUGGAGGUACUGAUUAUGUGACACUCCCAAGACCAGAGGUCAAAGGUCAGACACCAGGGUCAAGGCCAAAUGAGGUGAACAAGGGAUCUAGUGUUGUUUAUGCAAAGCAGAAUGGUUUGUUUCAGAUACACCAGCAAGUGAGGGAUACUAACUCCAGUGCCACAACCAGUGGGGGGAAAUCUGAUGAAAGUGAUUUGACCUUGAACAAUAGUAAAGGGCAAAGUUCAUUAGAUGAGGUUCCAGAGAGGGAUAUGCCAAGACACAAUGAAAAAGCUAAAACUAGUCCAAGCAAACCUAUUGUGCCAAGUUUGUCAUCCAAAGAAGGGACAUUUAGAAUUGAUGGACAGAAAAAUGACUCUCAGAAUCUUUCCAGAUUAGCAACUUUAACACCUAGAAGUCAGAAUAUGUCAUCUAACAGUGGAUCUAGCAGUCUUGGUGGAAAAAUAGUUUUCAUUCCAAAUGAUUCAAAUACCCCCACAGUGAUUGGUCACGUUCCUGGGAUCCCACUUAUAACUGCUUCAAACCAGCCAAUCAGCUUGCCUGCUACAUUGCAACCUCAGUCAGCAAGCAUGCUUUCUUCAGCCAAUGGCCUGCAAGGAAUUUCAAAUUCCCAGAAUGCAGCACAAAGGUCACAAGAUGUAACAGGUUCUGUGUAUAUCAGCCACAAGAAUGCAAAUGUGAUCGCUGCUGGGGAUAUUGGAGUGAGAAAACUAAGAUAUCUGCUAAAGGAACUGAAAGAAUGUAACAAAGUCACAAAGGAUGUUGAAGUGAACAGACUGGUCUCGGAUGUCGAGGACACGAUUAACUCCAUCCCGCAAUUGGCCUUGACCUUUAACCUCCAGACUGAGAUUGACCUUGCACUUCAACCCCUGCGCAGUGAGAAUAGCCAGCUUAGAAGGAAGUUCAGAAUUCUGAACCAGCAGAUGAAAGAUAAAGACAUUGAAAAUGAACCGAAGGAUAUCAACUUUGAAAUGCUACACCUGCAGACAAGCAAUGACAAUCUACAAAAAAUUAUCCGAGAGGAACGGGAUAUUAAAACUCGUCUGGCAGCCGAGGUGCAGUAUCUUUAUCAGGAAAUACACAAGAUGAAAACAGAGAAAUCCAGGCUUAUUGCUAGUACGAGCGAAAAGGAGACAGAUCAGCUAAAACUACGUCAAGAAAUGACCAUGGAAGCUCAGAAAGUUAAACAUGACCUUGACCUUCUAAAGCAAGGUCAUGAUGCAACAGUGGCCAGCCUAGAGGCAUUAGAGAAAGAAAACCACAUCCUACAGAUAACGUUACAGCAGAGAGAUAUUGAGAUAGAUAGACAGCAGGAAAUUGUAGAAACAAUGAAGGCCAGCAUAUCCGACCUUCUACAGGAGUUAGACCAGAGCCAAGCCCAUGAUCGGGCCUGGGACCAUAACCAGAGCUAUGGGCUCAACAGGUUACUGAAAAUUGUAGAGGAGGAUCGAGGGUCUAGGGCAUCGAGCGAAAGAUAUCCUCAAAGGCAAGCUAGAAAACUGUCUCGUACUCCAGAGCGAAACCCUCCAACUCAAACCCUGGAUCAUCGCUCCCAACCCAGAGAAAGGCAGAUGCUAGAUUUUGACUCUAGUGGAAACACUACCUCAUCAACUGCUAGACUUACAAAAUCAGCGUUGGCCGAUCAUAAUCGAAAAAAUCGGCCAUUGAGGCUUGGGCUGGACGGUCGACAGGGACCAGCUUCAGAAUCAGAAUUAGAUACAUUGGUGGAAAUGCGGACACAGAGACAUAUUGGUGAGAAAUUCAGUCAAGGGGCAGCCGGUGGUUUUGGUGAGCGAAGAAGAAGAAAUAGUUCUUCCCCUGUAAGAUUAAGAGGUGAAAUACCAGCAAAUUAUAGAAAUUAUCAGGUUGAUAAGUCUCCUGUUAGAGGCAAUAUUGGAAAUAAUAGGGACGCUGGGGGUGUUAUGAGGAAUUUUGAUAGAGAAACAUUUCCCAGGCAAAGGGAAAGAACUAUUGGUCAAGAGAGUGAUGAUGAGCUAGAGUUCUCUCCCUCCAGGAGAAAGGAAGUGGGAGUGGAUAAAUCUCCUUUAAGAAGAGCAGGGAGGUUUGAAGAGUUUUCACCUCAAAGGGGAAGAACUGCAGAUAGAAUUAAUUCUCGGUUUGAUACAAAUCAACCAGGUGAAACCGAAGUCAGUGUAGAACAGUCAAGAUACAGUAUAACUGAUUAUUUUAAGAAAUACCAUCCAAAAGACUCGACAGUGAGGCCGAAGGACAGUUUGACUUCAAAUUCUCGCCCUCCAAUGGGAAGAACAAUGCGUGAAUUUCCGUCAAGACUACAAUCUCAGUUUAGAACCUCAAGUGAAAUUGAUGAUAGAACUGCGAAAUCUUCCGAUACCAAUGUUGCUAGAGCAAAUAAAAAACUUAACAUGUUUAAUGGACAUGCUGACCACACAAUUAGCGCAAUUCAUGAUGAUGAUGAUAAUGUGUCGUCCGUUUCUAUGUCGUCUGUGACCACGGCAAAUACAGUAGAUGAGAAUAAAUUCAGGCACGGAAUCGCAACUCUUGAUGCUAACAUUGCUCGCUUGCAGCAAGCACUGCAGAAAACAAAGUCUAUGCUCAGUUAAGCAUUAAUGGGAACUUUAAGUCUGACAUAUACCAUAUUCAAGUUAAGAUAUGUAAUUGUAUGAUGUAUUUGUGUCAUGAUGUCAUGAUUAAUUUGCAAUUGCUCAAUUAACAGCAUUUGGAAAAAAAAUCUCAGAAAUAUUCUAAAGAUAUAUACCCCAAAUUAUAUUAUGAACAAGAUUUUAUGUGCCUAGAAAGGAGCGGUUGUUUUACGUCUAUUUUGAAUUAAAAAAUAUAAAUAUAUAAAAAAUAUUUUCAAGGACUUGAAAUUGUUUGUACAUUAUAUACCUCAAUAAUAAACGUAAGGUUGUUUCAAUCUUGCAAGGAUUUUAAUUCUUUCAAAUUUAAGAGUCAAGAUUCCAAAAUUUUAUGGUAAUAACAAAUAUUAACAAUUAAACAUUAAAAUGAUACCAUGAAUCACCUCGUGAACACCGAAAGUAAAUAUUUCACUGAUGGCAAAGCCAUUCGUGCAAUAUUAUAGCUUUUGGUGCUUCUUGUUGAAUAUACUGCUUUCUUUAACACACAGAAACAAACAAUUAUUCACUAUCAAAUAAACUGGAAGCAUGAUCUUUCUUAUCACUGUCGACAGGCAUCCCAAAGGCCCAAAGAAAUUAUUUGAAGUCAACUGACUGUCACGACAAACAAAAAUCAACUGAAAUAAAGUAAAUUUUUCCCCAAGCAAUUCCAUUAGCGCGACAGAACAGCCAAUCAAAAUCCUAAUCAAUGAAAAUGAAAAACUACGAUUAUAUUUACUACAAAACUGGAAGAUCCGAAGUGAAACUUGAUUGAAAAACCGGAAGAAGCAAAUGAAAUUAGAUAUAUAGUAUAAUUGAUUAUUUAUAUACAUGUAUAAAUUAUGCCAAUGAAGAACAUUUUCCGUUUCACCUAUCAAAUCAGCUUUCAAAUUAGUAAAAAUACACAAGGAAAUUACAUACUCUGAGUAGUUUAAUAAUUCCUUUUACUGCAAGAUUUAUUGAAAAUUUUGGCAUUAAAUUAACAGUGACAUUUUCAACUUCAAAGCCCUCACCUUUGGAAGUUUUCUGCUAAAGCUAUUGUACUGAAAAUGACUUACUUUCAGAAGUUUAAGCCCAUUUUUAUGAAUAAAUAAACAUCCAAACUCCCUUUAAAAUGGAUGGUCUGAAAUGUUGACUGUUGUGUUUGAAAUAUCAUGUUAAUUACCAGUCAAUUUGCGUAUCAAUGGGCCGAUUGUUCAGAACUUUCUUAAAGUUAACGAUGUUGUUUAUGCCAUGGUUGUUAAUUUUCAAAUUGUAAAAGCUAUGUAACUUUAAAGGAUACGCUUGUUGUCUGCUGUAGUUCUAACAAUAUUUGAAAGAAUUGUUUCAGCUGAACUUGUUAAUAUUUAAAUAUGCGAGAAUGUCAGCAAACAGUUUAUGUUUUAAAGUUAACAAGAUGACAUUAAUCACGUUGAUAACUCUAACAAGGUUCUAGACAAGGCAUUAUGUUUCCAUUGCUGUAAUUAAAUUACAAGUUUACCUCAUGAAUGGUCCACUUUACUUGUUAUUUUCUUAGAAAUGUGUUGAAAUAUGAGCAAAUAAAUAUAGACAUUUUCUAAGAACAUUUAGUUUCGUCUAUAUCGGUAUAAAAUUUUCCAUUUUACGGCUUGAAUUACAUGCUAAGACUUGAAAUGACAGAUAUUUACAUUCCCUGUGUAAUGAAGCAGUUUGACUAGUCUUAUUAUAUGGUUAUUAUGUACCUAAUUAUAUGUUAUUUUCUGACAAAUCACAAAAUGGGCUAGGUUUCUAGGACUUAUUUCUUGGAAACUUUCAAUAUUUAUUUCAUUUCUUUCAAUAAUUGCUAUUGAGUUUAUAUUCGAGGACAUGACCCUUCCGUAAAUUGUGACACAGCACCUGAGAAUUCUCAAUUUUUUAGGAUUUUUAGUCUUAAAAGAAAAUUGACAGAUUUGUUUUUUGUGUUAUACUUACACAGUCGUUUCCAUUUUGAAUAGAAGAUAUUCUUUUGUAUCAGCUGUUUUUUUCUUAUAUAUGCACAUCAAAAAUUUCAUAUGUUUUAAGAUUUGUUAGUUUCAGGACAUACUUUAUUAUAUGUAAUAAAUGUUACAAUACCUUUUUUUUCUAGCUAAUAACAUUACUACAUCUAGUUGUUUUAUAUUUUAUGCCAGCUCAAGGUCACGUCAAAGCUAUUUCGUUAACAUAAUUCCUGUGACUAUUGGAAUUGAAAAAAUAAAAAUAUGUAGGGGCAAUGGUGGACAGUAGCCAUUGUUCUAUUGAUAAUAUAUUGUAAGAAUUGUUUUGGUAAAAAAUGUGCUCAUUUUACAAUUGAUUGUCUUAAAGACUUAAAUUGUGAAUUUCCCAUAAAUUAUAUAGAUCUAUAUCUGUGAUAUUUUGUACAGAAAAUAAUUAUAUUACGAUAUUGUGUAUUUACAAUUUUUAAUGUAUUUCAAUUAGG